AUGAUGGCGUUUGCACCUCCUAAAAGCACGGAUGGUCCCAAAAUGCAGACAAAGAUGAGUACUUGGACACCCUUAAAUCAUAAGCUUUUGAAUGACCGGUUUGACAAGUGGACAGACUCUCAAAGGAGAAGAAUCCUGACAGGCCUGUUGGAGCGCUGCUCCCUGUCACAGCAAAAGUUCUGCUGUCGAAAGCUCCAGGAGAAAAUCCCAGCAGAAGCUCUGGAUUUCACCACCAAGCUCCCCAGGGUGUUGUCCUUACGCAUCUUUUCUUUCCUGGACCCGCGAAGCCUCUGUCGUUGUGCCCAGGUGAGCUGGCACUGGAAGAACUUAACUGAGCUGGAUCAGCUCUGGAUGCUCAAAUGUUUGCGGUUUAACUGGUACAUCAAUUUCUCUCCAACUCCCUUUGAGCAGGGUAUAUGGAAGAAGCACUACAUUCAAAUGGUGAAGGAGUUUCAUGUUACCAGACCUAAGACAUCUCCAAAAGAUGGGUUUGUGGUUGCUGAUGUUCAACCAGUGACAGGCAGUCCUCCAGAGGAAAAGCGGUCUCCGUCAUCGGCUUUCCGAUCUUCUUCCUCUUUAAGAAAGAAGUACCACUCAGGGGAAAAGGAACUCCCACCCUGGCGAUCCUCUGACAGGCAUCCAACUGACAUCAUUCGCUUCAAUUACCUGGACAAUUGUGAGCCCUUCGAGCAGAUCUGGCAAGGAAGAAAGAAAAGACAUGAAACGACCCCAGAUUCCAGCCGACAGUCACAUGAUAAGAAAAAUAAACUGCGGGACAGAUCUAAGCUAAGAAAAGCACAGUCGCUGACGCAGAGGAGAAAUCCUUUCUCACCGUGUCCCUGA